AUGGGGAAGAGAAGAGGCGUCUCCGCCGUGAACGUGGUUUUCGGAUGGGUCAGAAAGCAAUCGAGCAAGGUCAAGAUAGCUUUGGGGAUUAUCAUGUCCCUGAUCCUCGUCGUGUUUCUGAAAUUAACCGUUAAGAAUCACCAACACUUUUUCAUCGCCUCCGAGCUCAUCCAUGCCGCCGGAAUCUUAAUCCUCAUCUACAAACUCACUCGCCAAAAGACUUGCUCCGGUCUUUCUUUAAAGUCUCAAGAAGUGACAGCAGCAUUUCUAUUUGUGAGACUGGGCUGCAGCAUAAGCAUGGAAGGUGAUAUACAUACAAUUCUCGACUUCGCCUCGUUGGUUUCGACUCUAUGGGUCAUUUUUAUGAUUCGUUACAAGCUCAAAGCAACUUACAUAAAGUCUCUCGACACUUGCUACAAUUACUAUGUGCUUGUUCCAUCUGCUAUCCUUGCCCUCUUUAUCCAUCCGAGUACGAGUUAUCAUAUAAUCUAUAGAGUGAUGUGGGCGUUUUGCGUUUACUCGGAAUCUGUCUCUGUUCUACCUCAGCUUCGGUUGAUGCAAAAUGCGCAGAUCAUAGAGCCUUUCACAGCUCAUUAUGUGUUUGCGUUGGGAGUAGCUAGAUUCUUGGCAUGCGCUCAUUGGCUUAUCCAGGUCUAUGACACUCGUGGACAUUACCUAUGGCUGGUCGGGGCUGGUUACUUUUGGUUACCGGUGGCUCUAUUAGCCGAGCUGGUUCAAACCUUCAUCCUCGCCGACUUCUGCUACUACUAUGUCAAAAGUGCUAUGGAGGGUCAGCUUGUACUGAAGAUGCCGGUUUAG